AUGGCCAAUUCACGAUUUGAAUACGUCAAACAAUUCGAACGAGAAAACUAUCUCCUACCAGACACCUACAUAAUUAUCCGAGUCGAUGGGAAAGGAUUUCAUAAAUUCUCCCAACAUUAUCAAUUCGAAAAACCAAACGAUGCUCGAGCAUUACAAAUCAUGAAUAGGGCAGCACAUAAGAUAAUGUCACAAUAUAGUGAUGUAAUGUUGGGAUAUGGCGAUAGUGAUGAAUAUUCAUUCUUGCUUCGACGAGGGUGUGAGUUGUAUGAAAGGCGGGAGAUGAAGUUGUGUACUUUGUUUGCAUCGUUGAUGACAUGUUAUUAUCAAUUCUUCUGGCGGGAGGAGUAUGGAGAAGAGAAGAGGUUGGAUGAGGAUCAUUUGCCGGUGUUUGAUGGUAGAGCGGUUGUAUAUCCUACUUUUAAUCAUAUUCGAGAUUAUUUUAGUUGGAGACAAGUUGAUUGUCAUAUUAAUAAUUUAUAUAAUACCACAUUUUGGAAUCUUGUUAUUAAGAAGGGGAUGACACCACAAGAGGCUGAACAGAGGUUGAUGGGAACUGUGGCGGCUGAUAAGAAUGAGAUAUUGUUUAGUGAAUUGGGAACUAAUUACAAUAAUGAACCGGAGAUGUUUAAGAAGGGGACAAUAUAUGUUAAAGAAUAUGAAGAAGAUUAUCAAGUGGUUUCUGAGAUUGGAUUAACGCCAAGACAAAAACAACGAUUAGAAAAGAAGAGAAAGAAAGCGAAGAUUGUCCAGUAUCAUAUUGAUAUUAUAAAUGAUAAUUCAUGGUGGGAUUCUAAACCAUGGUUAAUGGAAUAG